ACAGCAUCUCGUCCCUGCGGUAGAAGCAGCGGCGGAGAAGAAGAUCGACCUUACCAACACGAUACUCGUAGUGAAGAGAGCUUACCGCUCGCCAUGUGGCCUUAGAUCGUUUCUGUCGGACAACAACCGAGACGUGAAUCGGCAAACGAAAUGGAUACGCUCAGUGUAAAAAUCAUGAUGGACAGUGAGGAGGUGACGCAAUGCCUCGUCGAUAGACCAUCGUGCCUCAUCGACGACUCGCAACUGAAGUCAGUCGCUCUUGAAGACGAGCGGUUGCCGUCGGAGGAACCAGCCUCGAACUCGCAGUUUCUCCUUGGCGGGGUUGGGACCAGCUAUCGACAAGCACCUACGAGGUCAUUAUCGCAAGGAGCUAGAAACUCGGCGAAAUUCCAGAUAUAUUGGGACAAGACUUACUUCGCGACGCCUGUCGGGGCUUUGCGACUCUCCAUCAUGGGCUGCAUGACCAUCGCCAUUCUGCUCUUGAGUUUUUUCCGAUCCGACACUUGUCUUGAGCCGAAGACUCCUAGCUCUUCGAAUCCGCAGCAGGAUGAUCAGCCGUUGAGCUCAUCAUUUUUCGGCAUUCACCUUUUCUUCUGUAUCCUGUCGCUGAUUGCAAUGGUUGCUUGGAUUGCGAUCGACAACUCGUCCUUCAACUACCGAUUCCCCUUCAAGUGGAAGUUUUUCGACUGUUGUGUAUAUUGUGUACUCAUUGUUCUGCUGCUGAUAUCGAGUUCGGUACUCGUCAAGCUUCGAAACAGAAGCGCUUUGAUCACAGCUUGCGGAGAAUCUGUCGGAAAACUCGAUAUGGCCAUCACGUUCUCUUUCUUGGCCGUAAUGAUCGUGUUGACGUUGAUCACGAUACGAUUUUUCGAAAAAGACUCCCCUCAGCCGUCGUCGAGAGCGAGCGCGAACCCACUCAACUGGGUCAGGAAAUUCUCGAAGUCGAAACAACACGCCCUCAUCCUCCUCCAACAGGUUCAUUGAAGAAGGAUCUCGAACAGAUUAUGGACGGUCAGUGAGCGCGAAUGUUCCGAUGCGCUUCACGCCUCCUUGGCGGAAAAUGCUCAAGACUUCGGAUGUACUCGAGGAUCUCAAAACCUGUGGUUGAGGCUCUCCGGCUCAGAACUGGGACCGGAAUCGGGGAUUCGUCCUUGUCACCGCCAGAAUCACGUCGGAGGCGAAUGUCCUACAUUUCGGAAUAGCAUUGAGACUCGUGUUCCGCCGCGGGACAAGUUUUUUGUUGUCUGUCACCUCCCUCCAGCUCAGCAGGGAAGCCUCGGAGACUUGUUGUGCACGAUUUGGAUACGGGAUUUCGGUCGACCAUGGCCAAAUGGAGGUACCCCGGCAUCUUUCCGAGGAGAAUACCACCUCCGGAGGAGCUGGCCGCCGUAUCCGAGAAGGCGACUUUCCCCGAUGCGGUCCAAAUCUGCAUGUGGUUUGCAGACCACUCUGACCUCACGACCGCACGACGCCGACGGUUCAGG